AUGGCCUUAGCCACAGUUCGCAGGAACAUCGGCACCCACUACUCCAAGUUUGCAUCUUCUUUGUCUGUGUUGUCUCGCCAUUCCUCAGUCCACAACCCUAUCCCUGCGUCUGUUUCUUCCUUUCAUAGCCAACCUGUUGGUGGUGAUGGAUUGCCAUCUUACAUGCGUGGAGCUGUGCAUUGGGAACCCAAUAAGCCUCUUUCCAUCGAGGACUUUCGCAUGCCUCGCCCCAAGGCCGGUGAAGUUCUCAUCAAAACCAAAGCCUGUGGAGUAUGCCACUCUGAUCUACAUGUUAUGAAAGGUGAAAUUCCGUUUUCCAGUCCUUGUGUUGUGGGGCAUGAGAUUACGGGUGAGGUUGUUGAACAUGGGGCACUCUCUGACAGCCAAACAAUUGAAAGGCUUCCGGUCGGAUCGCGAGUUGUUGGGGCCUUCAUCAUGCCUUGUGGCAGCUGCUCCUACUGUUCAAAGGGCCAUGAUGAUCUAUGUGAAGCUUUCUUUGCCCAUAACCGGGCAAAUGGAACCCUCUAUGAUGGUGAAACUAGACUCUUUCUUCGAAACAGUGGAAAACCAGUAUCUAUGUAUAGUAUGGGAGGGCUUGCUGAAUACUGUGUUGUGCCAGCAAAUGGAGUGUCUGUAUUACCAGAAUCAUUGCCAUUUACAGAGUCCGCAAUUCUAGGAUGUGCUGUUUUUACUGCUUACGGUGCUAUGGCUCACGCAGCUCAAGUGCGUCCUGGUGAUUCUGUUGCUGUUAUUGGAACUGGGGGUGUUGGUUCUAGUUGUUUGCAGAUAGCUAGAGCCUUUGGUGCCUCGGAUAUAAUUGCUGUGGAUGUUCGGGAUGAAAAGCUACAGAAAGCAAAGAUAUUUGGUGCUACUCACACUGUAAAUUCAGCAAAGGAAGAUCCCAUUGAGAAGAUAUUUGAAAUUACUGGUGGAAAGGGUGUUGAUGUUGCUGUGGAAGCCUUGGGGAGACCACAGACAUUUGCGCAGUGCACACUAAGUGUGAAGGAUGGUGGAAAAGCCGUAAUGAUUGGACUGGCACAAGCUGGUUCUUUAGGAGAGGUGGAUAUAAAUCGGCUUGUUCGCAGAAAGAUACAAGUUAUUGGCUCAUAUGGAGGCAGGGCGAGGCAAGAUCUUCCAAAGCUAAUUAGAUUGGCAGAAACAGGUAUCUUCAAUCUUGGCCAUGCUGUUUCUAGAACAUAUACCUUUGAGGAGGCAAACAAAGCAUUCCAAGAUCUCAAUGAAGGAAAAAUUGUUGGCCGAGCUGUCAUCGAGAUAAUCUAA